AUGUCAUCUAAUGAAGAUAAUGAUGAUAAUGAUUUAGUCAAGAUAUUAUUAUUAGAAAGUAUAAUAUCGUUCAAAUGUGAAGAUGAAGAUCAACAAAUAGUCUCCUCUUUGUUAGAUUUAAAGAGACAUGUAACCUUUGCACUUCAAAAAUGUGAACGAAAAUUAAAAGCAAUAGAAAAAAAUUUACAAAAACAUGCACUUGGAGACACAAAAAUUUUAAUUUGCAAUGCUGGUAUGCCAUAUUUUAAGGAUAAAUAUUAUUUUUUUGCUCCUAAUAAUGAAGAUGAAAUAUUAAAAGAAAACAGUAAAGAAUUACAACUAAGAAAUCUUCCUAAAGUUUCUUCAUGGACAAAAAAAGAAAGAGAUAUGCUUUUAAAAGCAAUACAAAAGGAAGCCAUUUCAGAUGUAUUAUGUAUUCAAAAAAUAGAAUGUUCAAAACUUAAUAAUAAAAUGUUUAAAUUAAAAACUAAAAAUGAUGAUAAGAAAGAAGUGAAAACAGAAUUUCUACCUAAAAAUUUUUUAGAAAUGAUUAAAUCAAAAAAAUUACAGGAAAAAGAAUUUGAUUGGUUUAAAAUAUCAUCUACUUAUUUUGAAGAUAUUCAUUCUCCACUUGAUUGUUCUGUCAUGUGGAAUGUUUUUCUUCAACCUGAUAUUAAUAAAAGUCAUUGGACAAAAUCAGAAGAUAUCAAACUUAGGAAAAUUGUGAAAAAAUAUAAAUUUCAAAACUGGGACAAAAUUGCCAAAGAAUUAAAUACAAAUCGUACUGCAUAUCAAUGUUUUAUUAGAUAUAAUACAACAAAAAAAUUACCCAAAAUUAGAAAUUGCACUUGGGAAAAUGAAGAAGACGAAAGACUUCUGAAAUUAAUAGAAAUAUUUAAAGUUGGUGAUUUUAUUCCUUGGGGUGAUGUAGCUAGUUGGAUGCAAAAUAGAACUAAACAACAAGCAUAUUUCCGAUGGACAUACAGUUUAACACCAUAUUUAAUAAAAGGCAGAUUUACUAAAAUUGAAGAUAAUAUUCUGAAAGAUGCUGUCAUCAAGUAUGGUACAAAUUUUCGUAAAAUAUCAGCUGCAUUAAUGCCUAAUAGAUCCACUGUUCAACUUCAUGAUCGUUAUCAAACAUUAACUAUCAAUCAAAUUGAAAACUGGAAUUUAUGGACAUUUGAAGAAGAUACAAAAUUACUCAAUCUUUUUGAGAAUAUUGGUCCAAAUUGGUCUAUGAUUGCUAAACAAUUUUCAAGUAAAAAUAGAACUCAAUUAAGACAUAGAUAUAAAGCUUUACAGAAAUAUAUUAAAAGAGGUGUCUCUUUAUUUGAAUUACAUAAACAUCAUUUUUAUGAAGAAAAUGAAAAAGAAAAAGAACAAAAAAAAGAAGAUUCUUUUAAGAAUAUUUUUAAAUCUAAUAAUAAUAUUGAUAGUAACGAUUAUGACAAUGAUUUGGAUAAAAAAUUAAUUGAAUAUUUUCAUACAAGGCAUAAAAUAGAAAAAUUGAUACAUAAAUGUAAAUUUCAUAAUAUGGAGAAAUUACAAUAUAAUACAACAAAUUUAUAUAAUAUUUUACAAAUAUUAAAUGCCAAACUUUAUAUUCCAAAUGAUACCAGUGACAUAAAAUUAAAUGAUAGGGAUCAAGAGCUAUUACAUUCAUUAAGGGAUUUUAUAAAAUUAAAAAAUGAUAAAAAAAAGUACUUUGAGACAAUAAACAAAUAUAUAUCACGCAUGUUUGGUAUGGAUGAAACUAAAGAUUCACAUUUUGUACCUCCACCUCCAUUUGAUUCACAGAUAAAAUUAAAAAAAUCAAAAAAAAGUCAAUGUAUUGAUUAUAAUUUAAAUGCGAAAAAUAAUUUUUUGCUUGAAAAACCUACAAGUUUUAAUACUCCAGAUAUUGUAAUUUCAUAUAUUGGUGGCAAUGAAGAGGAAUUACAAUUUCAAAAACUUAGUCGUUUAUUUGAAAUUAAUAAUUCAAGAUAUGAACAAAUAUUUAAAACUCAAAACUGUUCUAAAUUUCCAGCAAAAAUGAUAUUACAAGGACAUAUUAAUAAUGACAGUGAUAAGAAGAAUUCAACAAAUGAUAAAUUAUUAGAAAAAGUGGAAUCAAUUACUCUUUUUGACAUUGGUACUGAAACACAUGAUGUUGAAAAACAUGAUAUACCUAUGAUAUAUGCUAGUCAUGCAACUUUAUCAAGUUUCAAAAAUUUAAUGUAUUUGAAACGAUUGAAUGAAAAAUAUAAUCCUGGUAGAUUUUUUAUACAAUCACAUAAAUUUUAUAAAGUAUUUACUUUAUUAGAAACACGAUUAGAACAAUUAUUUAAAUAUCCUAUAGGUUUAUCAAAAAUCGUUUUGCCUGAAGUUUAUGUAAUGGAUACGUUUUUAUAUAAUGAUAUUACACCAAAAAGAAAAAUUUCUAAAAUAUCAUAUACAUUAGAUAAACAUAAAACAAAAAAAUUAAGAAUACAGUUUGAUAAAUUUGGUACAUAA